CUCUCUUACAGAACAAUCAGUCCACACAUCUCACAUCUCCAUCCAUCCACCCGUCUUUUAAGAGCUUGAGGUCAACAUGAUCAAAACAAUGUACCGGCAUGCAAAGAAACAUCCCGGCCUGAUUCCGCAGUUCUUCUUCAUGUUUCUGGGCAUCAGCGCAGCCUCUGUCUAUCUGCUCCGAUUGGCUCGUGGACCUCAUGUCAGCUGGGACAGCAGAAAUAACCCUGAGACGUGGAACAAACUCGGCCCGACCUAUCAGUACAAGUUGGUGGCCGUCACUACAGACUACAAGCGUUUGAAGAAGGAAGGACCUGACUUUUAAAAGACCUUAACAGAACUACAGGGACACACACACACACACAGAGAAAACAAAUGGAAUCAGUUAAUAGCCUGGCUGUAAGAAAAGUGAGACAAACAAAAGUUAUAUACAAUACAGAAAAAAAUCAAUUCAA